AUGCCGAUCGUCCCUGAAGGCAUCUUCGGCUCUGCAUUGGCCACAAUGCAGCAAAGAUGUGAGGCAAAGAAAAAGGACAACGAGGCCCUCAAACUUUGUCUCCCUCGGAAAGCCCCUGCGCCUUCACCUCCUGUGCAACAUACCAAGACGGCCACCACCGCCAGGUCCGCCCCCUCCAAUGAGGAAGGAGCGCGGAGCCGGCUGGCAGGGGAAACCUGCCUCCACGACCGCUACGCCGCCGCCGCCCACAGCCGCCGCGAGCUCGGUUCCACAGGCCCACCGUUUUGGCUUGUUUGUGCGCACCCCACGCCACCGUUGCCCAUCCCAGAGCCGGUCCGCGAGGAGAAGGACAUCGCCCCGGAGCCAGGCCACGAGCCGAGGGUGCAGAUAAUAAAAAAAGCCAAAACAGACGAUGCUCUCUCCAUAAGCAGGGUGGCUGCUCAGCCCCCUGCAGCUCUGCUCCCGGGACGGGCACCGCCGUCCCCGCGGAGCAGAGCAGAGCGCCCCACCGUGCCUCCGGUGGUGCCCGAGAAUCAUUUCUCGGUUCCACCACAGGGGGGCGCGGGGCAGGAGCCGCAAUAUGUUCCCCCGCUUUCUCUCAGAUGGGAAAGCUGGAGAGCAGCAGCAGCUCCACCGUGGGUGUUGCGCACAAUUUCCCGGGGAUACAGGCUUCAAUUCGCCACUGUCCCUCCCCGCUUCUCCGGUGUGAUACACUCACAUGCACAGGGAGAAUCAGCUCGAGUUUUACGGGAGGAAAUUCUCUCUCUGAUAGACAAACGAGCAGUUUCUGUCGUAUCUCCCGAACAGAGUCUGUCAGGGUUUUAUUCCAGAUUCCUCUCCCCCCCCGUCCCCAAACGGGGGGGGAGAGGAAUCCACCCUAUUCUGGACUUAAGAGCCCUGAACAAAUUCCUGCGGAAAUACAAGUUCAGGAUGCUGACACAUGCAGCACUGUUGCGUCUGGUAAGACCGAACGACUGGUUUUCGUCCGUGGAUCUGAAAGACGCGUAUUUCCACAUUCCCAUUUAUCCCCCUCACAGACAAUAUCUCCGAUUUGCCUUUCAAGGGGUGUGUUACGAAUACCGUGUUCUACCAUUCGGUCUGUCUCUCAGUCCGAGGGUUUUCAUACGGUGCACAGAGGCCGCGGUAGCCCCGCUCAGACGCCGGGGGAUACGUCUGGCCACGUAUUUAGACGACUGGCUCCUGUUAGCGCAGUCAGAACAGGAAGACAGGGUUCACACACACAUUGUCACAAAACACCUGAUGGAUUUGGGUUUUGUGAUAAAUAUGGAAAAAAGCCACCUAUCUCCAACGCAGGAGAUAUGCUUUCUGGGAUUAUCCCUGCGCUCUGUUCUGUUCACAGCCCGCCUGUCAGAGGAAAGAGUGACGGCUUUCAGAGCGUGCCUUGCACAAUUCCGUCUGCACAGGUCUGUCCAGUUCAGACUGUGCCUUCGGUUGCUGGGUCUGAUGGCCUCAGCCAUCCUCGUGAUUGGCCUCGGCCACCUUCACAUGCGCAACUUUCAGCGCUGGGUCGCUUCGCUCCGAAUGGACCCCGUGCAUCAUGGCGCACGGCGGAUAACGGUCACAGCAGACUGUAUAACAGCUCUGCGCUGUUGGCGAGCCCUGUCCUUCCUGACCCAAGGGGUGCCUAUGGGCACCGUCUCGUCCAGGAAAGUGGUAACCACGGAUGCCAGCCUAUCAGGCUGGGGCGGCAUUCACGAGGGCAUGUCUGUGAGGGGUCGCUGGAGCCAGGCCCUCCAGCGCCUUCACAUAAACUUUCUCGAACUUUCGGCGGUGUUUCUUUCUCUGAGACACUUCCUCCCAUUCCUCUCGGGCCACCAUGUCCUGGUGAGGACGGACAACACGACAACAGUGGCGUAUAUCAACCGCCAAGGGGGCCUGCGCUCCCGUAUGUUGCACAAUCUGGCGCGCGACCUGAUUCUCUGGAGCAGUGCCCACUUUCUCUCCCUGAGAGCGACGCACGUCCCGGGAGACUUGAACACGGGUGCGGACCUGCUGUCCAGAGGCGCGCCAGUGUACGGGGAAUGGACGCUGCACCCACAGGUCGUUGAGCAGAUAUGGGCGCGCUACGGGCGCGCUCAGAUAGAUCUGUUCGCGUCCAGGGAAAACGCUCGAUGCGAGCUGUUCUUCUCUCUGAGCACUCUGAAUGCCCCUCUGGGCGUAGACGUACUAGCGCACGCCUGGCCGCACGAGCUGCUAUACGCGUUUCCACCGCUGGCCCUGAUACCCCCCACUCUUGCCAGAGUGAGGGCAUUCAAUCACAGACUGAUCCUAAUAGCUCCGCACUGGCCAGCGCAACACUGGCUGGCGGAGAUAUUCCAGUUGCUGUGCGCCCAGCCUUGGGAGCUGCCGCUGCGCAGGGACCUGCUCUCGCAGGGUGCGGGGACAGUGUUCCACCCACACCCCGAGCGACUGCAGCUGUGGGCCUGGCCCGUGAGUGGCUUAAUUUAACCACUGCCGGGCUCCCUCAGAGUGUAAUUAAUACUAUCCAAAACGCCAGGGCUCCCUCCACUAGGAACCUAUAUGGCUCCAAGUGGGGACUGUUUGAGCGGUGGUGUCUUGAACGGGACUACGUUCCUUUUCAGUGUUCUG